UACCCGCCUUUCUGCCUGGCAAAUCCUAGCUCAUUCUGAAUUCGUCCAGCUUCACGACAGGCAUCAUUCAUGAUAGCCAAUAGGGCUGAGCAAUCUAAGCUUAAAUAGGAAUCCUUGCCAUACCCAGUCUUCCCACUCAUCUCAAUUUUCGCCGAGUUAUCCACUUCCAAUGCAUCAAGGGUUUCGAUCCGAGAUAUCCUUAUGGCCUAGACUUUGUUUUUACUUGCAUGAAAUCCAAGGCUGCCUGUAUGCCCAAUGUUUGAUGUUACCUACUUGCUUGCCAUGGCUCGCUCCAAUUUUAAAAGAUUCAAUUACAUGUUUGUUACCUACAGGGAUGUAUACGAAAUAAAUAUCAUUAUAUUUCCUUUCAUUUCACCUCUCCUAUCUUCUUGACUUCACCAAGCACUCAUUCCCUCGCUCAUUCGUUCACUCGUCUACCGUGUGCUCUGUCGUUAAUUCAUAACUCGAAUCAAGAUGUUCGCCCAACUCGCCCUCGCUUCGCUUCUUGCCACCGUUCCGUUGGCUCGCGCCACCCCGAACGUGACAGCCAAGGUUCUACCUUCCGAUGACUGCUCAUCUUACCCCGGUUAUGAUGCCGCAAGCAACACUGCCGGUCCCUGGACUGUUCAGCUAGUCGACAGCGACAAUGCUGCUAUCGAGGGAUUCAGCGAUACGUCUGCUUACUCAGUCUCCUUCAACCCAAGCACUGACCGCAAGCCAAGCCUACGUUGGGGUUCCAUCACGUUUCCAACACGCAAUGACAUUGCCAAGAACCCUUUGAAGUGUGAAGAAGGUAUUCUAAAGGGUUACCUGCCAACCGAUCUCACGGACGCCGGUGCGCCUACAAGCUACCAGUGGGUCCCGUUGGUCCUGUCGCCGUACCCUUAUGACGCGGCCCUAAUGUGGAAGAUCGACGGCGAGGCACCUCAAAUCUUCGAGCACUACAUUGAUGGUGAGAAGCAGGAUGGUGUAUUCCUUGGUAGCUACAACGGUACUACGUCCUGGGGCCUAAAGUACAACAGCGCCAAUGUCGGAUCGACUCGUGACUACUUUUAUGCACGCCUUUUGGGACCCAACAGUGCUGACCCCGUGACCAAGCAGCCUUUGGCCGCCAAUGAGACUACUGCAUUCAUCAAGAUCUCAGCGUAAGACUUGGGUGACAACACCGGCGCUUCUUCAUGCACUCCAUCAGCGUUGUUUGGUUAAAUGGCAUUUCAGAUUUGCAGUAUGAUCCGAUGCAUUAAUAUAUACACAAGAAUAUUGAUAAUUCAUACAUUAUU